AACAGUCAGAUGAAGACAGCUCUGUUCUUUACGUGUACGCUCUCUCUCUCUCUCUCUCUCUCUUUCAUUCAUUCUUCUCUGUCUCGCUCUUCCCGCUUUGUGCUGCUCCUGCUGCAGUUUGCUCGCCCAUGAUUAUUUCUCAUUCCUGAGGAGAGAGGGGUUUGAUGCGAUGGACCUGCUUCCCACCGACUGCUGCUGCUGCUGUUUACACCGCAGCAUCAUGGGAGCUGUAGUUUCCUCAGCAGCACAGGAGGACAGCUGAUUAGCCAGGGAUUGUGGGUUUUCAGAGUUUGGAGAUGUGAGCUGGUGGGCGGACGAGGCUCAACAAACUCUCUCUCUCUCUCUCUUUCUUUCUAUUCUCUCGCUGUCUUUCGUUCUCAUGCUUUUGAACCCUCUUCUGCCCUUUUCCUUCCUCUCCUCUGCAGUUUCUUUCAUCUGAUCUCUCCAUCUUCCUUUCUAACCUAUUUAUUCCUUUUCUUUUCCUGUCAUACUCACCAUUUUCCCACCAUUUUCUCCUCUCUGCUCCUCCUAACUCUGACCUGUCCGAGGGCAAAGGCAGAAUGGGUUGCCGUCUCACUCGGACCAAGGCUAAAACUCGUGAACCUGCUCACCACCGACACCGAGAGGAGCUUCACUACGUGGACGAGUAUGGCCAGCCGGUCGCUGUGCAGGUCGAAGCUAAAAGGGGGCAUGGUCACAGGAGGCGAAGGUCCCAUUGUGCAAUUGAGUGCAGCGUCCCCACCGAGAGACACUGGGAGGCCCUGAGAGCCAUGGGGCUGAUGGAGGGAGAGGAAAGUCAGGGAGACGGCUACACUGCAGGGCCUUAUUAUGGUCACAUGACUGUGUCACCUGACCUAUACUCUCCCAAUGGUCACAUGAUGAUGCCACCUGAUGCCUACCCGCCCAAUGGAUACCUCCCCAGAUCAUCAAAUGACCAGCACCCAGGCAACAACUACCUGCCCAGUGUGUCCUACAGCUUAGACCACCUGGACAGACUGGACUACCGGGGCCAAGAAAUGUUGCACUACCAGCCUAACUCUGAGAGCUGUCUGAUUGGCUGUUACGGUGCAGAAGAGGUGGACCUGAAAAAUUUUCCCAGACAGUCGGACUAUCGUCAGCCCUGGAGGUCUGAACGUCCUCUUGGCUACCUUCCCCUCAGUGAGCUUGACAGCGGGUUAGGCUGUGGCCCCGACAGCCCACACAACCGGAUAGCGCUCUCCGAAGCUGAGACAGAUGCCAUGUCAUCACUGCCUGGCCACACCCCUUCCUCUCAAGGAUCCUCCUCUUCCUCCGAGUCCCUAAUCUCCUCCGAACCCAGCGACUCAGGCUUCCACAGUGUCAGCACUGGGGAGCACAGACGGCUACACAAGAUUCACGGAGGCCACACUCACCGGCAAGCUCACCAUCUUCGCUCAGGCCACUCCCCUCGUGAGCAGAGAGGACGCUGGGAUUUGGAGUCGAUUCCUGAGACGACUCCGAUGACCCAACCUGGAGUACCACAAGCAUCCCAUUGCUCUGUGGGUAACAGCACGACCACAACAGUUCACUUCCACAGAGCUGAGAGGAGUCCCACUUUACCUCGUCACCGUUCACCACCCUCACCCUCUAUCGGUUGUCGUACUGAGCCUUGUCAGCGGAGGGCGCUAUGGUUGGAGCAGCAGCAGCACAGAGGAGGCGGGACUGUAGAGGGUCCAGGUAGGAGUCGAACAAUAACAGAUUUGAGUGAGGGACAGCGACGCCGCAGGGCGAGCCAUCCCAACAUGACAGAUCCAAACACAGCCCAGACAAACCAGCCAGACACAACCAGCAGUGCACUGGGGCCCAGGAGCAGGGCCAGCUAUCCCAACAACUGUCACCCUGCUAGUCAUCUGAGCAUAGACAAAACGAGUCUGACCAAUCAUCAGAACACAAUGAGAAACAGCCCGGGCUCGAACCGCAGCAGGGAGGAGGACUCGCUCUCUAAGAGCCCUGGAUCCGGCUCCAGUGGAAUGUCAGACUGGCGUGGCAUUCAGACCCUCGGGAACCGCCCUGGCAAGCCAAAGGGCACGUGCAGUCCUUUCUACAGCACUCUUGGAGCUCCGCAACGUAGUCCUCGCUCUCCACCCUCACCUCGCUCCAGACUGUCCAAUCAGAGGUCAGUCAGGAAUCAGCUGCUCAGGGCCCGAGCGUACCGUCUGGCCAGGGAACGCAGUGAGGUCACCACAGACGAGGAGGUGCGAGGAGAGGGAGGCAGACUAGGGGAGGAGGAAGGAGAAGAUGGACGGUUGGCGGGGAGAUACUGGAGCCGGACGGAAAGAAGACGCCACCUGGCGCUGUCACGCCAACACCGAGAGAGGAGAGGAGGUGGGGAGGAGCAAACUGGGGGCAUUCAGGGGUCACUGUCAUCUCAGACGGUGCUGGAACUGAGCCACAUGAAGCAGAACCGACUGAGGAACAGCAAGCUGCUCGAUGAUUGGACAACGGUGGAGGAGCUGUUGACUCACGGGACUCGAGUGGAGAGCGACAGCCAGCUUUGUCCCAGCCCGCUGCUGUCGGUCACUACUGUCUGAUGGGAACGCAAUACUUCAUCAUUUACUGAUCACACUGAACAAAACCUCCAAGAUCACUGAGACCCAGAUUCAUUAAAUAUGUGUGUUGGAAACAGCAAACUUCAUGGUCACUCAUGUCUCAGUUACACAUAUAAAUUACAUUUUAAACACAUUUGAAAACAAAACUUUGUGUAUUGGGGACACAAUUUGCAAGAUUUGCCAACAUAAAUCUCGCUGAAUAUCCUUUUAAGUCCUCAUAAAGAGAAAAAUUAAGACAAAAGUUUACACCUUUCAGUAAUCAGUUCUCCAAGGUACGCUGCCAUUAAAAGAAAUAUAUAACUCUGAUCACAUACCAUUCACGCUCAUUUCAAGUUUACUGCUGUAUUUACAUUCAGUAGAAAAGAAGGCCCAUUUUUUCCCAUGAUUGGACAAGUCAAGGCUUCCAGUGUGAUAAGAAGGAAGAUGCUCAUCUUGAGAAUCUGAAAUCCUUAGGGCCAUUGUACGUUAAAAACAGUCUGAAGGCUUAAGGUCCCUUCUUGGAACCGUGUUGGUAGUCUGUAAACGCUAAACCAUCGUAUACGUGUUAGGGUUAGACUUUAUGUUUGUGCCGUUGUUGGUCCUUUAGCGUAGCUGAUGCGUGGGUCAGUCAUAAUAUACAAAGACGUUGUUUGCAGUGGGCUGAAACAGAUAAAUACUACGAAAACUGUCCAUUGUGACCAUUGUGACCGCUUCUCAUGUCUUUUGAUCUUUGUUAUUUUGUUGUGCUUGUUCGUCAGCUUUGUUGGUCCCUCUGUCCACACAGCCAAAGACCUACACAAACAGACACCAACACAGUUCCAGAGUCCACAUUAGUGAGCCUGUGGACAAGAAGAGAGCACUCUUUAAAGUCAGGAAGAAAAAAACUUAUAUGGAUUUGAAAUCUAACAUUCUAUCUGGGAUUAAAAUACCAAGAAUUAUGUAAGUUUUUUCGGGAAGAUUACCUUCCUCUCUGCUCCAUUCAUAUUUUUUUUAAAGGUAUAAUGGCAACGAUACACUGUCAUAAUAUUUCAUAAAUUCUACUAUAGCUACUCUAGUCUGAAAGAACCGUAGAAGAUAAGCUGAUGUUGACUUGCAGGGACUAAAGUUUGAACAUUUAACAUUUCCAUCACACCGAGUAAAGACGUAAAGGAAAAGACUUCUGAGCUAAAAUUCUAAAACAGACAUCUUGACAUCCAAAUGGUUUCUGGUGACCCACUAAGGAUUAGAGCUUGGGUUUGGCGAUGCUUCAGCUUGAUGCUAAACAAGCACAUUUCAGAAACUAGAAAAGGCGAUAACCCACCCAUAACCCUAAAUGGGUCUCCAGUUUCCCGGCGGAAGUUAAGAGGUUACAUUAGACUCACAUCACACUCUUAGUGAAUCUGGAUCUCAGCUGUGUUAUUUAAUAUCUGAUAGGAAGUUCUGACUCAUUUGAUGAUGCGUCAGAGCUCUUCAAAUGCAUCUGGGUUUAUAAAAACAACCGAAGAGCAGAAAAAAGCGUGGUCAGAUCCAAAACUGGGGCUCAGAGGGAGAAAGCUAUCUGCAGAAAAGGGUAAAUGAACACAAAUGAUGAUGAUCAUUCCAGUCCUGGAGACGGUCACCCUUCCUGAGCUCAGUUUCAGCAACACAACCAUCUGCAGAGAGCCUCUAAUCAAGGGCCUGCUAUAAAAAUGACUCUCUGCGGUUUUGAACGAGUAAAUAGACUCUAAAGAGCUGCAUGAGCUUCAAACUCUUAACUCGCAUGAUGAACUGGUCAGAUCCUUCACACACCAGACCGCCUGCGACCGGCAUCAAAUAUCACGCCACUGGAUGUGUUGCCUUGUGGAAACGUGUCUCUGCUCCUUUUCUAGUUGACCGCCUUUGUUUCUGUGCCAUAAAAUGUCAAAGUCGACUGUGUGAAACAACAAAACUGCUCGCUCUAAGCUUGUUAGAGGAUUUCUGCACCUUUAUGAUCAAACAGCCUCUAAAUCCUCUAAGAUGCUGUUUCAACACACCGUCGUUUCACUGGCGUAUCCUGGGUGGUUUACCGUUUUAAUCUCCACGCACUCCCACAGACUCGGAGUGUAAAUAAAUGCGGCGCCAUCGAGAGGCCUCGCAAGUCUCUGUGCAGCACUGUGUUCAGCUGAAUCUCCACUUCGCACACUUCUCACAUUUGGUUCUCCAGUCCUGAUGAUUCAUCUAUAAAUUGAUGAUGAAUAUUAUGAUUUUUGAAGCUGCAGUGCAGAACACAUCCUGGUUUCAGAGUCUCCAGUGUCGGAUUUGUUGAUUUUCUUUCUCUCGUGUGACAUUCUUGCAGAGUUACGGCUAAAAUCAUAAUGUUCUGUGUUUCAAAUACGUGGGUCAGACAUUGAAAUCAAACAGGACAGAUGUAUCAUAACUACCAGCCGUAGCCCUGAGAGCUCUCCACUGGUAACAAAAAUCUGUCAGCGCGCAGUUAUUUUGGUAAAUAUGGAGAUCACGAUUAUUUUACACAAUUACUGACUGACUUUGGACAACUUUAUGUUUAAGGAUAAAUACAAACAACAGCAGGCCGUCCACACCAUGUAUGAACUUCUCAGAUCCAGGUUCGUUUUAUUCCGUUAACAAAAAGAUGUCUAUGACAUUAUUUUCAAUUUGAUAUUUAUUUGUGAAGACAUGAUACAAAAUAUCUAAUUUGGCUCUUUGUUCAACACUAAAGAAUACAAAUGAAAAACCCCACAUCUAAUAACACCUUCACGCUCAUCCAUCUGUAUCUUUUUCAGUAAUCCUAACAUUCAAACUGAACCAGUUAUUUAUUUAUUGUUUGUAAAAGUCAUUAUUUGAAAACAACCUUUUGAAUUUUUAAACAUAACUCAAAUUUAAAUAUAAUGAAAUAAUGAAAGUAAAGUUUAUUUCCUGAACCCAUACGGUUCCUGGUAAACGCCUGUCUGAGUACUGAGUUAUAUUUUUAACACACAGAUAAUUAUUUUUUUUAUAUGUAACGUACCAAAAGCAUAAAACAUUUGUCCCUCAGAAAUCCUGCGGCUUCAUCGUCAUCCAUCAGUUUAUCAAAUAAAUUCUUUCUGUGUAACAUGAGACAAAGAAAAGUAACAAAUCCACACAUUAGAGAGGCCACAUGCAGCAAAUGGUUGGGAAUGUUGGGAAUGUUGGGAGUUUUGCAUAGAAAUUAUUACGAUUGUACUUCAGUUCAACUGUAUCAAAUGUUAUAAAGCCAAAAUCUCCAAAUCUGCCAGCACACCUGAGAUAACAACUUGUGAUCUCACAGGUGUCCAGUUAACCAGGAUACCCAUUUUCCGUUGUCUCUCAGAGAGCGUAGGGGGCGCUCAUGAGUUAUUCCAUAAUCAGUGGAGCUCUAUGUAGAUGAAGCCCAAAAACAUCAGUUCUACUGGAGAAAGCAUUUUUCUUUGGCGAGUUUUCAUGAUGUUCUUAAAAGACGUCUUCGAGCCAACAGAUUUACUUUUAUUUAUUUAUUUAUUUAAAGAGUUUUUACAGUUUUGUGUUGCAGUAAAUCUGAGAAAGCUUUACAGCUUUUCCCAUUUUGAAGUGUGACGCAACCAGUAGCUUCUAUAUACAAAUGGAAGUUUCCAUUGUUGUUAAGCUACGCUUCCCACAACCAUCGAGAAAGUAUGCCCCGUCCUUAAACGACCGAUGCAUAAUUAAAAAGAAAUAAAAAUCAAAGGAGAGAUAAAAGCAUCGUUUCAUAUCAAAUCUGGCAUAUUAUCAGUGUUGUGUUAGAAAUACUAAAAUAAAAAUAGGCUUUUUGUCUUUAAACAGGUAUAAAUAAACGUAUUCAGGAUUGGCUCACGAUCGCCCCCUACUGCUCACCUGGCUGGAUUCCUGGUGGAAAUACCAGGAAGUAGACUCUUCUAGACUGACUCUAUUUCUAAUCUUUUAGCCUGGCCUAGCUAAGCUAACUACAUUCUGGCAAUAAUUUCAUAUCCAUUAGAGACAUGAGAGAACUAUCAGUCUUAUCACACAGGAGGCAAAAACACUAUAUUCUUGUGAGCUGUUGCAUCUGAAAUCUGUGAAAACACAACACUGAUGAUACUACACAAACACGGUACACGAAUGAGUACAGGUACAUAUCACUACACGUCAGCUGUUAGCUGCAAAUUCAGUCUAAUUAUUGUACUUUUAAUUCUGUAAACGCGUAAUUGAGACUUUGUUCCAGCCUGUCAGAUUAUCAGUGAUGACGUUCAGGUAGAUUUUCAGAUCAGAGAGGAUGAUUAAAUAUCAAGAUAUCAAGGUUUCUGUUAUCUUGUCACAAGGGCUGCUGUGAGCCAAUAUGACUGCAGGCACCUUUGAAGGAAGCUGGUGGUUUCAACAAGCUAAGAAAUGUUUAUCAGGGUUAAAUGUUAUGAUUUAAUAAUGUGUCAUAAUCUAACUGUUCAAUGCAAUUUUGUUAAAUAUGAGAAAAUGUCUGUUUAUUUUCAUAUUUCAUGGGAAGAUUUGGAGGAAUGAGUUUCAAAGGUUGGUCCUGUCAAACAAAUAUAUCUGAGGGUUUUUUCUAAGCAGUGUGUGUGUGUGUGUGUGUGUGUGUGUGUGUGUGUGUGUGUGUGUGUGUGUGUGUGUGUGUGUGAAUAAAAGUGAAUUUGCUGGUUUGUUGGUAGUGAUUAUCCAAAGAUAACAGGGUAACUUUGGUUUGUGGACAAUCUAGAAGAAUAUCUCUGUACCAUGUAAAAGUAUAUUUUAUAAUCAUAGUAGUUUUCUAUAUUUUAUCCUUUAUUUUGCCUUGAAUAGAUUACUUCUGCUUUACACCAACAUCCUGCUGUGCUAGUGUGUGUACAUACAUGUUAGCGUAUUGAGUGUUGCAUAUACAAGCGCUAAUAUUACAGUCAAAGCCUAGCAUGCUAACACCUGAUUAGCACAGAACAAGUGUUUCAUUGAUUGCCUAAACUGCUGUUUGUGCUAAAACUGUCGUCCUGUGUUUGUUUUUCUUUUUUUUAGGGGGGGGGGUUACAGCCUGGGGUUUUAUUUGGAUCGGACAUCUGAGAGGCAGUGAUAAUAAUUCAAAUUGUUAAGCUAAAGCAGAGCCAAAAACUGGACAUGCUUGGGAUUGCUACAGGUACUUAUCUUGUGAAUUUUAAUAACAAUAAGAAUUUAAUUAAAUAUGUAAAUAAUUUGUUAAUAAUUAGCUAGUGUCAAUGCCAGUUUGUCCAGAACCUCCGAGGCCGGACGAAAGUCUGUCUCCAAACUUCUUCCAGACCAAAGAGAAUUCUAAAAAGGGAAAAUAAGUUUGCUAACUGUGAUUCCUUAAAGCUUCUUGAGAUUUUGCCAACUCCAGUCAGCUGAGCUUUUGCUUUGAACAUGAACAACUUUCAAGGAAAUUUGCUCUUUCCUUUUUUUUCUUGGGUUCAGAUGAUCAUCAGUGUGGAAGCCUAUCUUAGCACGGAAAAGUAAAGAGAAACCAAGUCUGGUGCUCCAGUGCCACUGGUAUAUUUACUUCUACCUUCAUAGUGCUUAUCAUGGCUAGGCUGUGUGCAAUUCAUGAAGAUUUCAUAGUUUACAAAAGAUGUUGCAUCCUUGAAAAACUCUCGGGAGGUCAAAACAAGCUACUUUGCAAAGAGUGCCAUUUAUUUUUGCCACGUUUGUUGGGCUGAAAUACCAAACGGCUGUUCAGUCAGUAAAGUCAUGAGUACUGUGUCGCAUGUGAACACGUUUCUCUGAACCCUGCCAGGUCCUCCUGAUUAGAUAUGUAACGAAGUGGCAAAUAACAGAAAUAAAUAUUCCUGCUUUGACUGUAAAAUUAAAACCACAGAUCAACAUUAUGUAACUAUAACCAGUGUAAGAUUUUUGUACUUACCUUUGACAGUGAAGAAUUGUCCUUUACUUAGUCUAGUUUUAGUCGACUAAACAUUAUUAGAUCAUCUGAAGCUGACUAAAAUAUAAAGUGUAAAAAUGUAAAAGUUGCUGCACACAGUUUACGAAGCGUUAAAUUUACUCUUCUCUUCCUCCCAAGCUUUGACAUGUUGUCGGAGCAUGUGAGCGUAACCCCGCCCCCCAGAUCAAACUGUGCACGUCUAACUCCGCUGCACAACAUGUAGUCACUAUUCAUCAACAAAAGUGUCAAUACAUUUCAUUCUAGUUUUUGUCAAAAUUAACAAAAUGAACACAGACGUCGAGCCAUCUGUGUUCAGCAUGGGAUGAUCGGACACUUUAAGCUUCUAGAUUAGAAGUUAGGAGUUACUAGAAAACUCCAAACACCGACGAGCAUGUAAAUUAGAAAUUUGUGGUUUUAAUUCUUUUCUCUUCCGCGUAGCGUCAGCCAUGUUUGUCACCGAGGACAGGUUUUAGAUCAGACGCCAUGGUGCCACAGGCAGCGCACAGUCACCGCUGAACAAAAAGUAGUUCCAUCAAGAAACCAUGAGCGUGGUAACUUUAGAAGUAGUUUCAGCGUUGUUAGCGAUGUCCUGGUUCCAGUCUCAAAAGAAAAGAGAAAUGAGCAAAUUUCCACAAAUGUUCGACCGUUUAUUUAGUGGCUAUUGGUGAAUUCUUUUAAACACAAAGUAUGCUUCAGCACAUUUUGAGGAUUGCGGUUAGAGAGUAAAUGACCCUUCAUGUUCUUCAGGUUGUGCGAAUCUGUUCAUGCAUCUUCGCCGAUUUUGUGUGCAAUAAUCUGAGGUCGUGUUGCCAAACUUCUCACUGCAGUCUGUGGCAGGUCGAUUCUGAGGGACUGCAUCCUUCUGCACAACUGCACUGUAACGCCUGGUGCUCAGGUCGUGUCUGCGUGACGUCAGGAAGCGAGUUUAUGUGUGAUGAACUAAUGACGAGACGGUGUCGAUUAUUUUUUCAGAUUGUGUUUUCAUGAACCCUGUGACCUCACAAAUGUGACAGAAAAUCUGAAUCAUGAUGUCUGUGAAACUGUUGCAGCUGUGAGAGAUUUCUGCUGGUUUGAUCGAUCACCCAGAACUCCUGUAAAGAAAUGUCAGUAAACU